UCACUCACCGACGCCAUGAAACAAACCAGGAGACACAAAGACAAAACAAUCAUAUGUCAAGCAUGAAGUUUGUUUGAAUUUUAACUAGAACAAACCAAUAGCAAGAAGCCAUUUUUUGAGACAGUUGGGGAAAUUUGACUAUGGACUGGAUUUUAGCUAACCCACAAAGGAAAGGUAGAAAGUCCCCACAAAUCCCAGGUCCCCUUGGAGCAUCAGGCAGCUCUGGAGAAGGAAAGUGCCCCCCAGGUUCCUGUGGUCCUCCUCUAAUUAGUAUCCGCUUAGUGCUCUCUGUGCUCCUGUUCUUUCCCGCCCUCCUCUUGCCUGGUUCACACGACAACCACGUGAAUUAUAUAUUAUAGGCUGUUGGUCCUUGACCUCUGUAAAACCUACAUAUUUUCUCGUUAUGUGUCAAUAUCCUAAAACAUUCAUCAUGUGUUAAAUUUGGGCUUGAGCACAUCAGCUGGUGAAGAAACAUUUGCAACCAACACAGGGGACUGCCACCACCUGCCAACAGCUCGGUCUUGGCAAGACAACCGUUUCCAUCUGGGUACUAGUGUUUGUACAAGUGUUUUAAUAUUUUGGUGCAGUUUUCCCUAACUUUACACAAAUAGUCAGAUAGUCAUUGGAAUUAUGCCUAUAAUCAUGGGUAAGUGCACCAGUGAAAGAUGCCUGCGAAAGGCUGAAAAUAGACUGCGAGGCUUUGCCAGACAAGGAAGGUGUAACUGAGAAUUUCACAACAUGACUAAAUUCUGCAGAAACAGCACGGCCCCUCCCGCCCGAACAGGAAAGUCCAUUGUUCGCCUGCGUGCAGCAUUCCCCUUUGUGCUGCCUUCAGGCGGGUUUCAGGUGUGAAAUGAGCAACGGUUUCGUGCCGCCCCUUCUUACAGGAUGGGAGUGGUGAGCAGCAAAAAGCAGGUCAAGGAGAAGGGUAAGGGCCAGUGGAGCCCUGUGAAGGACAGCACCCAGAGCAGAGAGGCCCCUCCACUGCCGCCCCUGGUCGUGUUUAACCACCUAGCUCCUGUACCUCCCGACACACACCCGGAUCAAGAAGAGCAUUUUGUGGUGGCGCUGUAUGACUACAUGGCAGUGAAUGACCGUGACCUGCAGAUGCUGAAAGGGGAGAAGCUGCAGAUCCUCAAAGAAUCUGGAGACUGGUGGUUGGCCAAGUCUCUCAUCACGGGAAGAGAAGGCUACGUGCCCAGCAACUUUGUGGCCCGAGUAGAGACCCUGGAAAUAGAAAAGUGGUUCUUUAGAUCAAUUAGCCGGAAAGACGCUGAGAGGAAGCUUCUGGCUCCAAUCAAUAAUGUGGGCUCCUUUCUUAUUAGAGAGAGUGAGACCAGCAAAGGUGCCUUCUCCCUGUCUGUGAAAGACUCGACCACCCAGGGGGAGGUGAUCAAACACUAUAAGAUCCGCUCCCUGGAUGAAGGAGGCUAUUACAUCUCCCCCCGAAUCACCUUCCCCACGCUCCAGGCUCUGGUGCAGCACUACUCCAAGAAAGGGGAUGGUUUAUGCCAAAAGCUAACCCAACCCUGUGUGAGCCUGGCUCCUCAGAACCCCUGGGCCCAGGAUGAAUGGGAAAUCCCCCGCCAGUCUCUCAAGCUGGUCAGGAGACUUGGUUCUGGGCAGUUUGGUGAAGUCUGGAUGGGUUAUUACAAAAACAACAUGAAGGUAGCCAUCAAGACCUUGAAGGAGGGGACCAUGUCUCCGGAGGCCUUCCUGGGCGAGGCCAACCUGAUGAAAACUCUCCAGCAUGAGAGGCUGGUUCGUCUCUAUGCCGUAGUCACCAAGGAGCCCAUCUACAUCGUGACCGAGUACAUGGCCAGAGGAUGCUUGCUGGAUUUCUUGAAGACGGAUGAAGGUAGCCGAUUGUCCCUUUCAAGACUGAUCGACAUGUCGGCCCAGAUUGCUGAAGGCAUGGCGUAUAUCGAGAAAAUGAAUUCAAUCCACCGAGACCUCAGGGCGGCCAACAUCCUGGUAUCUGAGACCUUGGGCUGCAAAAUCGGUGACUUUGGUUUGGCCCGGAUCAUCGACAACGAAUACACUGCCCAAGAGGGGGCUAAGUUCCCCAUCAAGUGGACUGCCCCAGAGGCCAUCCAUUUUGGGGUGUUCACCAUCAAAGCGGACGUGUGGUCCUUUGGCAUCCUCCUGAUGGAAAUCGUCACUUACGGGCGGGUGCCCUACCCAGGAAUGAGCAACCCCGAGGUCAUCCGCAACCUGGAGCGGGGCUACCGCAUGCCGCGCCCGGACUCCUGCCCCCCGGAGCUGUACCACGGCGUCAUCGCCGAGUGCUGGCGGAGCCGGCCCGAAGAGCGGCCCACCUUCGAGUUCCUGCAGUCGGUGCUCGAGGACUUCAACACGGCCACCGAGCAGCAGUACGAGCUGCAGCCCUAGCCGGGCUCUCCGGGACGCUCAGCGCCGCGGGGCUCCGGGGCCCAGCAUCGCAGCUCCGGGAUGGGUGCGCCUGGGGCCCGACCCGCAGAACUGAUGAGGCCUGUUCACCUCGCGGCUCUAACUAACUCCAGCCCCGCACAGGCUGGAGAGGCUAGGAGGGACUGGUACGCCCUUUAGUUAGAUGAGGAAACUGGAGGCAGCCUGGAGGGUGGUCGAGAGCGCGGGCUCCGGGCGGGAUCCAAUCGCAGCCCCACCCUUCUCUGGCUGUGUGUCCUUGGGCAAGUUACUUGGCCUCUCGGGCCCUCCGCUCCCUCCUUUGUACAAUGGGAAGAAGAGUGAUAGUACCUACCUCGUAUUUUCCUCGUGAGGAUUACAUUAGGUAACCCAGGUAAGGCGUUCAGAGCCGUGUCUGGCACACGCCUGGCACACAAGCUCUUAAGUGUUUGUCAUAUAAAGCUCCCCUGUGCUGGUACAGGUGACCGGGAGUGACCUGCUCCCACCUGCACGCACCACCUCCCACCUGAGGCUCCCUUUCGCCCUCCCCAGAAGCGGAACUGGGUCCUCCCAGGAGUCGGCUCCGAAAACUGCCACCCACUUCGGCUCUGGGAGGGGAUCCCUGACAUAGACUGAGCUCCAGGACCUUGGGACUUUUCUGUAAUAAAGUCACGAGCUCUGA